AUGGACGCCGAAGAGUACAUCGAUCACAACGCCAAAGAAUACGUGUCUCAAGAUGCCCCGAAGCGCAUUAAGCAGAUCCAGUUCCAACCCUUCGCGCCAAAGGAUAUCGUUCGUGUGGCCGAAGUUGAGGUAACGAUCCCGGAGCUGUAUAAGAACCACGACGAUGGAACGCGUACGACCGCCCCGCAGGGGCCUUUGGAUGCUGCAAUGGUGAGCUACACUCCUCUGCAAGCGCUAAUGUGCAGGGACCCAACGAGAAGGGCGGCACAUGUCCCACCUGUCACCAGGACCACACGCACUGUGUGGGACACUACGGCUACAUCAAGCUUGCCCUCCCCGUCUUCCACAUUGGCUACUUCCGCCCCACAAUUAACAUGCUGCAGUGCAUCUACCUGUGCGCGUGUACUUCUCCCUCCGGAGGAGCGAGCUUCGUAUCUGAAGCGUUUCCGACGACCGCGCAUCGAAAUGCUUCAGCGACAGGCUGCGUCCAAGGGCGUCCUUGCUUCUUGCAAGAAAGUGACGACCUGCCCUUACUGCUUCGCUCCGAAUGGUAUCGUUAAAAAGUCGGGUACCCUCAAGAUUUCUCACGAGCCCUUCCGUUCGAACAAGAACGCCGAUGCCAAGGCCGAGUGGCUGAACGGCUUCAAGGCUGUGGUUUCCGAACAGUCGGCCAUCGGCAGUCACCUCGGCAAGUCCGUGGAGGACCUGAACCCGUUAAAGGUCCUGGAGCUGUUCCGUCGCGUGACAGCAGAGGACUGUGAGCUGUUGUCCUUGCACCCCGACGUUGGUCGCCCCGAAGACUACCUCUGGACAUACAUCUCUGUGCCCCCGCCCUGUAUUCGUCCGUCGGUGGCCUCGGAGGCCGGAAACAACGAGGAUGACCUCACCGCGAAGCUUGUCGAAAUCGUCAACCAGAACCGCAUGCUGUUGUCCGUCAUGGAGAAGGGCCAGGGAUUGACGCAGACGAUCCUUAACUGGGACACUCUGUCGCAGAUGGUUGCCCUGUACAUCAACUCUCAGACCCCCGGUAUCAACACGACGGGAUCGAAGCCCAUCCGUGGUUUUGUGCAGCGUCUGAAGGGUAAACAGGGUCGUUUCCGUGGAAACCUUUCGGGCAAGCGUGUAGACUUUUCAGGCCGAACGGUCAUCGGUCCCGACCCGAACCUGCGUAUCGACGAGGUCGCCGUGCCAGAAAAGAUUGCCGUCAAGCUCUCGUACCCGGAACGCGUCACCGACUACAACAUGGAGGCGAUGCGCAAAGCAGUGGUCAACGGCUCAAAGAUGCACCCAGGAGCCAACAUUAUCGAGACUGGUCGCGGCCCCUUCCCGCGUCGUUCGCUACAGCCGAUCAAGGACAUUGAGCGACGAAAGGAGAUGGCCCGCAACUUGCGCGUGGGUGACAUUGUUCACCGCCACGUCCGCGACGGAGACAUCGUUCUCUUCAACCGUCAGCCCUCGCUGCACAAGAUCUCUAUCAUGUGUCACCGUGUUCGUGUUCGUCCAUGGCGUACUUUCCGUCUCAACGAGUGUGUCUGUAACCCCUACAACGCCGACUUUGACGGAGACGAGAUGAAUUUGCACCGAGGAAGCUCGUACCGAGGCUCUGGAGCUCAUGACUUCAUCACCGCGUCCUAUCUUCUGUCGCGACGAGAUCGUCUUCUCGACCGCCAGCAGUUCACGCAAAUCUGCUCCUACCUCGGAGAUGGCGAUCUCGAGAUCGACCUGCCGCCCCCCACGAUCUGGAAGCCUGUUCGUCUCUGGACCGGCAAGCAGGUUUACAACCUUCUGAUGCGACCCAACAAGAAGUCCAAGGUUCUGAUCAACCUUGAGGCCAAGUGUCGUACCCUCAUUGAGCCGCGCAAGGAGGACAAGUUCUUCAUGGACAUGGCCCCCAACGACGGUUAUCUGGUCAUCCAGAACAGUGAAAUCAUGUGCGGUGUCUUUGACAAGAACACGGUCGGAGACGGCAAGAAGAACUCAGUGUUUGGUGUCAUGCUCCGCGACUAUGGACCAAACGAGGCAGCCAUUGCAAUGACGCGCCUGGCCAAGCUCAGCGCCCGUUGGCUCGCGAAUCAGGGCUUCUCGCUCGGUAUCAACGACGUCAUUCCAGGAGAGAUGCUUCAGAGCAACAAGGAUCAGAUGGUGGAGGAGGCGUACGAGAAGUGCGAGUCUAAUAUUGAGCUCGCCAAGCGUGGUAAGCUCCAGAACGCCCCGGGAUGUGACCAGGAGACGACUCUCGAGCAGCUCAUCUCCGGUAUCCUCUCCGGUGUUCGUGAGGCGGUCGGAGACGUGUGUAUGAAUGAGCUCAGCCGACACAACGCUCCGCUUAUCAUGGCUACGUGUGGUUCCAAGGUCGGACAGCAGAUUAUUGCUGGUCACCGUGUCCCUAACGGUUUCCAAGAUCGUUCGUUGCCUCACUUCCGCAAAAAGUCAAAGAACCCGCCGUCAAAGGGUUUCGUCCGAAACAGUUUCUUCUCCGGUCUCACCCCUACCGAGUUCUUGUUCCACGCCAUCUCUGGUCGUGAAGGUCUUGUCGACACUGCAGUCAAGACUGCCGAGACUGGUUACAUGGCGCGUCGUUUGAUGAAGGCGCUCGAGGACCUUUCCACGCAGUACGACCUCAGUGUCCGUAACAGUGUCGGCGGUAUCGUGCAGUUCCAGUACGGUGACGACAACCUGGAUCCUGCGUGUCUCGAGGGUGAUGCCACACCCGUCGAAUAUGUCCGUAGCUGGAACCAUGCUUGCAGGACCGCUUCUAGUGAGGGCCGUCCGCUUUAUCCCUACGAGAUCCAGCAAAUCGCCCGUCGUAUUUACCCCGAAAUCGUCGCCGAGGAGUACGCAGAGGAGGAUGUCAAGCCGCGUCGCGGUCAGAAGCGCAAGGCGCCGCCAACGAUCCCCGAGGUGCCCGUCGAGUGGCGUCAGGUGCACGUCAAGUUCCGUGAGAACACGUACAAGUUUAUCGUGGACAAGAUUGUCAACACGAUGGCUGCUCAGCGUGAGGCUCGCGGCGUUCCUGCCGCGCUCACGAAGGAGGAGAUCGAGGAGUAUGAGGACUUCCUCGACCCGCACGACCCCGCAGUUCGCGCUGUGCUGAACAACUCGCACAAGGUGACCGAGGCGCAGAUCGAGUCGUUCCUCGAGAACUGUCGCACGCGCUACCUGCUCGCGAAGAUUGAGCCCGGGUCGACUGUAGGAGCCGUCGGUGCCCAGUCGAUUGGUGAGCCUGGAACGCAGAUGACGCUCAAGACUUUCCACUUCGCCGGUGUCGCGUCCAUGAACGUCACUCUCGGUGUCCCCCGUAUCAAAGAGAUUAUCAACGCCGCCAAGGUCAUCUCGACGCCUAUUAUCACGGUCGAGCUGCAGAAGCCCGAGUCCGAGCCCGUCGCGCGUAUCGUCAAGGGCCGUAUUGAGCGGACAACGCUGGGCGAGAUCGCGUCCAUCAUCGAGGAGGCGUGGACUGGUGCUGGCGCCUUCAUCGAGAUCCACAUCGACAUGGACGCCAUCCAGAAGCUUCAGCUCGAGAUCACGCUCGACACUAUUAAGACCGCCCUUGUGCUUGCGCCCAAGCUCAAGAUCAAGGACAGCGAUGUCACGAUCAACUCGAGGAAGGCGCGAUUGAAGAUCUAUGUCGCUGACCCGCUCGACAAGGACAAGUGCGAUGGCGUGUACGAGCGACUCAAGUCGCUGAAGCGCGCGAUCCCUUCAGUCCAGGUCAAGGGUCUGCCCGAGGUCGACCGUUCAGUCAUCACGCACGACGAGAAGAAGAAGGGCGAGUACAAGCUCCUGGUGACCGGUUACGGCCUGCAGGAGGUUAUGGGCACGGACGGAGUGAACGGCUACCAGACGAGGACGAACCACGUCAUGGAGACGGCCAAGGUGCUCGGUAUCGAGGCGGCGCGCCAGACCAUCUACGACGAGAUUCAGCACACCAUGCGCUCUCACGGCAUGAGCAUCGACCCGCGUCACGUCAUGCUUCUCGGAGACGUCAUGACUUACAAGGGCGAGGUGCUCGGUAUCACCCGUUUCGGUGUCCAGAAGAUGAAGGACUCGGUCCUCAUGCUGGCGUCGUUCGAGAAGACAACCGACCACCUCUUCGACGCCUCCCUCUACUCCAAGGUUGACGACAUUCAGGGCGUCUCCGAGUGCAUCAUCAUGGGUACCCCCGCACCCAGCUGCGGAACUUCUCUUGCCUCCAUCGUCACCCCGCCUCCGUUCCUUCCCAAGCGUAAGCCGCUCAUCUUUGAGGAGGCGUACCGUGCCGGCCGCGAGAGGCGCGCUGCCAAUAUGGACGUGGACAUGUAA